CUGAUACCAAACAUUAAAGAGAUUCUACGGGUUACUAGAGACGCGUCUCCAUCCGCAGCAGAAUCGCGUUACGACUAUAAACCGCUGACAGUCUGACAGCUUUAUCUGGACGGGCGGUGACACGUGUCUGAUAAAGGUGACAGAUUUGCAAUGUCAUUUAUAUUUGACUGGAUCUACAGAGGCUUUAAUGGAAUCCUUCAGUUUUUAGGUCUGUACAGGAAGUGUGGCAAACUGGUGUUUCUUGGUUUAGACAAUGCUGGUAAAACAACACUUCUGCACAUGCUGAAAGAUGAUCGAUUAGGACAACAUGUGCCUACAUUACAUCCCACAUCAGAAGAGUUAACCAUCGCUGGAAUGACCUUUACUACAUUUGAUCUGGGUGGUCAUGUACAAGCACGGAGAGUGUGGAAGAACUAUCUCCCUGCCGUCAGCGGCGUCGUCUUUUUCGUCGACUGUGCCGAUCACGAGCGCCUCGCAGAAUCAAAGAUGGAGCUUGACUCUCUCCUGUCGGACGAGACGAUCUCUAGUGUGCCGGUCCUGGUGCUGGGAAACAAGAUCGACCGGCCUGAAGCUGUGAGUGACAUGAGACUGCGAGAGGUUUUCUGUCUGGAGGGACACACCACGGGCAAGGGUAACGUGUCUUCGAAGGAUAUGAACGUCCGGCCGCUGGAGGUCUUCAUGUGCAGCGUUCUGAAGAAACAGGGUUACGGGGAAGGUUUCAGAUGGCUGUCGCAGUACAUCGACUGAUUCCUGCUUCUGAUUUUAUGUCUGCUCAUGAAGCAAUAAGUGAUGUUAGCAUGACAUUUCACCCAUCAGCCAGUUCCUCCGUUACGUUUUUUCAGUAUAUUUGGAUAGAAAUACUGAAAAAAUACACAGAAGCCAAUUCACUCUGACCAGCGGUAUAUGCAGUAUUUAAAAGCGCAUGUGUGAUAUUUCUGGUUAAAGGCGGGGUGUCUGAUUUCUCAUAGCCGUUGUUGAUGUUCAAAUCACCAAAACAGACACACCCCUACCCCUAUCUUUCACUUUUGUCAGCGCUCGGCUCGACUAAUGUCCGUCCUGUGCACUGUGCCCCUUACUCCUGAUCAGCUACAAAGUUGUUUUGGUACUCGGCCCUAUUUUGUCUAAACAAGCGUAAUUCAGAUAUCGGACACCCCGCCUUUAAGCGGUGACAUCAUCUCUAAAUGAUAAAAAUACAUACUAUACUUGAAUGUUAUAUUCUAUCAUUUCACAUCUUCCUCUGGGGUUUCACAUGAUCAGAUGACACAGACAUGAGAACAUAUUGAGUUGUAUGGUAUAUGGGUGAUAUUUUAUUGUAGAUAUUGUUCAUAUUAUCAGAUAAGUUAUCUGAUCAUGUUCUGUAUAUAGAUAUGAAGAGUUUGGAUCCAAAAUGAGAGAACUCUGUUUUUAACAUUUUUCAAAAAUAAUAUUUUUUGCAUUCCAAUUAAUUUCAAUCAAAACGCGUUGGUUUGUUUUGAUUUCAGCCAUAAUAACUCAAAUACAGCCAGCUUACACAGUAAAACAUGAUCAAAUAUUUAAUAUGGAACCAAACUCUGCAUAUAUAUAUAUAUAUAUAUAUAUAUAUAUAUAUAUAUAUAUAAAGCAGAUUGAUUUUAUUUUGGUGCUGUAGAUGUUUUUGAUGAUCAGAUACGAGUCUGAUAAGAGAGCAUCUACAACACGCGAUGGCGUUUGAUACACAACAGAUGUUUUUGCAAAUGUGUAUAUAUUGUAUAAUGAAGUGUAAAUGUGUUUUAUUCCUCAUAGCCUUGAAUUGAAUGUACAGGUGUAUCUGCUGUGUGUAAACAUCUAUAAAUAUUUUCAAGAAUG